AUGGGAGCUGCGAUCGAGGACUCCACCGCGGCCAUGCCCGCCAGCGGCAGCGAAGCGCCGGCGGCCGCCGAGCCCGCCAAGUCGAAGGCCAAGUCCAAGGCCAAGGCCAAGGCCAAGGCGAAGGCCGUGCUCCCGCCAGCAGCGGAAGCUGGGCCCGGCGUGGCGGAGGACGGCGAGGCCGCAGAGGCGACUGACGAUGAGGCCGUCGCGGCCGCCAAGGCGAAGUGGGGGCCUCUGUACAUUGAGAACUUCAAGCCGAUCAGCCGCGCCGCCAGGAGGCGGAUGCAGCGCAAGUGCGUGAGGCGGUACAGGGCGGAGCAGAAGAGGAAGGCGGAGGCGGGCUCCGAGGGGUCCAGCAGCGCCGCCGAGUGCAGCAGCGACGAGGCCAGCGGGGGCAAGGAGGAGAGGCUCGCGGCCGUGCAGAACGCCGGCCGGGCGCCCCAGGGCGAGCGCGCGGCCAAGCGGCCCAAGCUGCUGGACGCCCGUGCGGAGGGCCAGGCGCUGGAGGCCCGGGCCCCCGGCCUGGUGCCACUGGACGCGCGCGGCAACAGCUACCCGUGCUGGCUGUGGGGCGACCCCGAGUACGCCUUGGGCCCUGCGGCGGACGGGGCGCCCGAGGGGCGGCCCGUGGACGCCUGGCGCACGGCCCCGCCCGCGGCCGCGCCUCCCGCGCACCAUCCGCACCCGCCCCCGCCGCCGCGGGCGGACGCCGCCCUCGCAGGCGGCGCGCCCGAGGGGUGGCCCGCCGGAGCCCGCAGCUGGGCUGGCGCCCACCAGCCCGGCGCCUACGCCGCCGAAGCGGGCGUGGCGCCCGGGCCGCGGGUCCAGGCCCGCGUCCCCCCGCAGGGGUGGGUCGGCGCCUGCGCCGCCGCGGCGUACGCCUCGCCCGCGCGUUAG